ACCGCGCAAACGAAACUCACUAGGAAGAUGGAGUCGCUUAUCUAGAGAAAACACGAACAAUUUUUUGCACCCUAUUUUUCAUAGAAAAUUCGAUAGUACUUUUGCUUAUUAGGGCGUCAAUGGCCGACGAUUUUAACGUUUGAUCGCUGAACGUUCUCGUGAAAAUUCCUCCGGCACACAGUAGAAUAUUCUCGUGAAAUUUAAUGAACGUGGGUAACAAGUGUCACGCAUGCUCGAACGUGUUUUAAAUGUUAAAACCAAUUGCCAUUUGUCUCUCUGCGUUUCCGCAUUCUGGUUGGAAAGAUUGGCACGGUGCAUGAUUCAUAAGAAUUGUACGUGAUUUGUUAGGAUAUCAGAGUACCAAUGGCCCAGCCGUCUUAUAAAUUAAGGAGCUCGCUUUUCGGGCACACGUCUGACGUGAGGGCCGUAGCGACGUUCACGGAUGGAACCAUUGUUUCCACGUCCCGGGACAAAACAGCCCGUGUAUGGAAACCGUCUGGAAACGGUAGAGAUUACGUGUACGCGUUAACGCUGAAGGGUCACACUAAUUUCGUGAGCUCGGUAUGCGUUCUAAACCCAUCGGAAAAAAAUCCCACGGGAUUUAUUAUAACUGGCAGCAACGACAAAACUAUAUGUGUUUAUGUGCCAGACCAAGCAGAGCCUGUAAAGACAUUGACAGCUCACCAAGACACAGUAUGCAAAUUGAGAGCUGGAAAGCGAGAAGGGACAUUUCUCUCGAGUUCCUGGGACUUGAGUGCCAAACUAUGGGACAUCAAUGAUUUAAGUAAGCCCCAGUUAAACCUGGUAGGUCACACAGCAGCCGUAUGGUGUGUAGCAGACUUGUCGAGCGGAUAUAUUAUAAGUGGAUCUGCGGAUAAGUUAGUUAUAAUAUGGACAAGUGAUGGUUCUGUACAACACAAAUUAACUGGGCAUACAGAUUGUGUUCGUGAUAUUGCUUCGAUAAAUGACAAUGAAUUUUUGACUUGUGGCAAUGAUGCUACUGUGCGUCAUUGGAAUGCAUCUGUUGGAAUUUGUUUAGGGACAUAUGACGCGCAUAACAAUUAUAUAUAUGGUAUUAUAUGUAAGGAGAAAGGUGUAAGACUAUUUACCUGUGGCGAAGAUAGAACUAUCAGGGUAUGGCAGGAUAGUCAAAUAAGUCAAACUAUUACCUUACCGUCUCAGUCGAUAUGGUGUAUUGAUUUAUUGCCCAAUGGUGACAUAGUUGCUGGGAGUUCUGAUGGUGUUGUUAGGAUAUUUUCAUGUGACCCAGAACGAUACGCGGAACCAGAAACAUUACAGGAAUUUGAGAAGGAGGUAGCAAAUACAAAAUUGAAUGCACAGCUAGAAUUAGGAGGAAUCAAAAUUAAAGAUUUACCAGAUGCAAAAGCAUUGCAGCAACCUGGUCAAAGAGAUGGUCAAACCAAAAUUGUGAAUGAUGGAGAUGCAGUAAGAGCAUACAGUUGGUCUCAGAGCGAACAGAGAUGGAUAAGAAUCGGAGAUGUUAUGGGUGCAACUGGUGGUAGCACUGCUACAUCGGGAAAACAACUACAUAAUGGAGUAGAAUAUGAUUACGUAUUUUCAGUUGACAUACAGGAUGGUUUACCUCCAUUAAAAUUACCUUACAACAAUGGUCAAGAUCCAUGGCAUGUUGCACAGAAAUUCCUUCAUGAUAAUGAUCUCAGUCAAUUAUUUUUAGAUCAGGUUGCCAAUUUUAUAAUGAAAAAUUCUACACCAAGUUUGAAUACGAAUACUCAGUACGCUGAUCCUUUCACAGGAGGCAAUAGAUAUAUUCCUAGUUCAGCGACGAGUACAACUGAACCUGCAAGAACAGGAACACUUAAUUCUUCCAACACUUCUUUAUCUUCGUCUUAUAUUCCUCAUACAAAAUAUUUGAAAAUAGAACAGGCUAAUUUGCCUACUAUUUUAGACAAACUACGUGAAUUAAAUUCUAAGCAAACCGAAGCCUUCAGAGUCCCGGAGGAUAAAUUGGAUAACUUGAUAAAACUUGCUAAAGACCAAACUUCCGAACAAUUAAAAACCGAUGCUUUAGACACUUUGAAAACGUUGUUGAAUUGGCCAGAUGACGUGCUGUUCCCUGUACUCGAUAUAACAAGACUUGCCGUGCUCUCCAAAGAGAUCAAUGACAUUCUAUGCACGGACGAGCUUCUGCAGCUUACGAAAAAACACGUCAAACCUGACGCGUCCGCUUCCAAUCAAAUGCUCACGUUUCGUUUGUUAGCGAACAUGUUUUCCCAUGAAAAGGGAGAAGAGCUUGGUCUUCAUUGUAAGGACGAGAUAUUGGAACUUUUAUCAGACUUCAGAUCUCUUGGAAGUAAAAACAAUCAGGUCGCUGUGUCAACUUAUAUACUGAAUUUAACCGUGGCCUUAAAUAAGCACAAUGAUGUAUUCGGUAAGGCGCAAUGUUUGCACGCUAUGUUCAAUAUUUUAUCCCGGUUGAACGAACCCGAAGCAGUAUUUAGAACUCUCGUGGGGCUAGGAACACUUUUAUGCACGACAACAGACACAACCGACCGUAACGAUUUAAUCAAAGCAGUAAGACAAUCCGAAGUUACGUUGAACAUAUUGAAAACAAUGUCCGAGACAGACGUGCCCGCGAAUAAGUUGGCCAGUUGUUCGAAACAGAUUAUUGAUUUAAUUGUUUAAAGUAUAAAUUAUUAUAGAGAAUUAACUACAAACACAAGACUCGAGUAAUUAAUGUUAUAAAUUAACAAAUAUAUUUGUCGACUUAUCGCGUUGAAUAGGUUUCUUACAUUUUUCUUUUCUUUUCUCUCAAUUCGACAGUUGAAUCCUUAUAAUUUGUCAUUGCUAAUAAAAAGUACAUUUUGCCAUAA